GUGAGUGAAGCAAUUGGAUCACAUAAACCAUCAGUACAUCGAACAAUUAACAACCGCCUUUGUUGAAAUCUAAAAGGAUUUGGGAAAAUGAAUAUCGUAUUCCGCUGUAUAUCAAUUGCAGUACUUGGUGUAUUACUUCAAAUAACAACCGUGUAUUCCGCUUGCCAGGAGUGUAUGUCAACAAACGAUGCAUACUGUGUGGACGAAGAGUCGUACUACUUAUGCCUGAAUGGGAAUACGCCUUCUACAUCGAAGCUAUACAAAUGCGAAACGGGGCAUGUGUGCACAGCAGAUGAAAAAAUUUGCUUACCUAGGAAGGGGGCGGCAAAUGUUGAGAAUGAGCCAGUAUGUGGGGGAGGCUGUAACAUAUGCCCCACUACAGGUCGUUACACUUGUGUAAGCCGAACGGAAUUUGGACGGUGCGUUAAUAACGAAAUUACCAUGACCAGUUCUUGCGAAGAGGGCUUUAUAUGCAGUGUAGAGCUGUUGUCCAAAACAAAUGCUAUAUGUGCUCCAAAGUGCGUCGCUGAUUUUUAUGGAGCCGCAGCCACAUGUCAUAACGAUGAAGUGAUAACUACCACCACAACACAGAUUCCAGUAGAUCCAACAACAUACCAGAGUCAAUGUCUAUUGGCGCUUUCCCAACAAACCUCAAAUAUUUACUACAUAAGAAAUAACGCCGAUCCUGAAUGCCGAUCAUAUUUAUAUUGCGAGAAAUUCAAUAAUGGCGAGGUAGAAGCGCUCCUAAUGAGAUGCAAAACUGGGUACUUCAAUUCUGUCUUGCUUAAAUGCCAAGCCGAUUUUCCAGCUGAAUGUGCAGCUCCUAUUGACCCUCAAACUCUAAAUGAUAUGGAGGGAUAAACCUCCAACUUUAGCCCAAUUUCGAAGUAGCAGUCUGCAAAAAUACACAAAUGCGUUACAAACAGCAAAAAAUAUUGGCCGAAACGUUAACAUCAACGUAACAACAAAAAAGGACUCUAUUUUCAUAUAAUUUUUCAUGUAUUAAAAAAAACGAAUUAAUUUAAAGAGAGAUAUC